GACAAAGAUGGCAGGAAAUCAUAACACGGAACUCCCUUCUCGAUCGGCUCGACAUUGAAAGUGUAGCUGAAGCUGUGAAAGUAAUUCAAAGCAUUGUUUCUCUCAAACAUAAUGAGCAACGCACCGAGAGAUUUGUUGAAAGAGAAGCUCGAUCAGCUUCAGUGUCACUUCACGUGGGGCCCACAGAAGGAAACCAUUGACUUGGAUGAUAUGAUGUACAGAUUGCAAGAUGCAAUGGAUCUUGGUGUCAAAUACCAGGCUGAAUGCCACAACCAACUCGCUUUUGUGAAUUGUUUGCAGGGCAACUGUGAAGAAGCAAUUCAAAACUUAAAGGAAGCUGAAGAGAUUCUGAAGGAGAACCACAAAGAUGAAUUUCAAAGAAAAAGCAUCAUCACCUAUGGAAACUUUGCCUGGGUGCAUUACCACAUGGGACAACUGGCCGAGGCCCAGUCCUACCUCGACAAGCUGGAGAUGAUCUGUAAACCGCUCACUGACGGCCCUCGCUAUACAGCAAUGAUACCUGAAGUGUACGGGGAGAAGGGAUGGUCAUUGAUAAGAUCUUCAGUUCAAUACUACGAAGAGGCAAAGGAAUGUUUUGCAAAGGCUCUGGAGGAAGAUCCUGAUAACACGGAAUGGAUCAUGGGCUAUGCGACUGUACUAUUUCGUCUGGAAUCAUUUUCUGGAACCCCAGAGAGUCGUGAACGGAGUCAGUCCGUGAAGCAUCUGCGUCGGGUGCUGGAGCUUGAUCCAGGUGACUCUGUGGCCAUGGUGCUGUUGGCUCUAAAACUGCAAGAGUUCAAGCAAAAGAAGGAAGCAAAUAAAUUAGUUGAACAAGCAUUGCACAAAACCCCUGAUUUUCCAUACGUGCUCCGCUAUGCUGCAAAAUUUUGCAGAUUAGAAGGAGAUGUGGAGAAAGCUGUUGGGCUGUUGAAGAGAGCAUUAAAAAUAACUCCCCUCUCUGCCUUUUUGCAUGACCAAAUUGCUAUGUGUUACAAAAUCAGAUUAGAUGAACUGAUUGGCAAUCCUCGUAGCAGAAACCCUCGCAAUGCUGCAUUUAAGCAGAAAACAGAGUUGUUCAAUCAAUGCAAGUAUCACCUUGGAAAGGCAUUUGAGCAUCGUCCAAGAUCAGCUAUUAAAUCGCAAUUGGAUUUUGCAGGCAUCUGUGUAAAAAAUGGAGAGUAUUCCAAAGCAAAGGAGAUCUACAGUAAUCUGGAGAAAUUGGAUGAUAUUCGUCCAGAAAAUAUACAGAGAAUAUGUUUACAGGCUGGAUCAUUUGAACUGCACCAAAGAAGGUCUGAAUCCGAUGCCAUCAGGCUAUUCCUGAAAGGACUAAAGGUUGAAUAUGAGUCAAAUGAACGAAAAUGGUGUCAUGAAAAAUUGAAGAGGUGGGCAGACAGGAAACUUUGCAGGAAUCCGUGUGACAGCAAGGCUCUUGGGGUCAAAGGAUUCCUGUAUCAGCUGGAUGGGAAUAAGGCUAAAGCUAUUGAAUACUUUGAGAAGGCCUUGGAGUUUGAUUCUGGCAAUGAAGAAUAUCUGAAUGCUCUUUGUGAAUUAAGUCUUUCCAUUCAGGAACAUAAUGAUGCUUGAAAGAUGCAUUGAUCUGAGGACAAAUUUGUGGAGAACUUGUUUCACUUGAUAUAUUCUGGCAGCACUUUCUUCACUGAGACUUAUGAAAGUGUGAUUUUCAAAUAAUUUGUAAUUAUUGUUCUCAGUCCUUGAGCUUCAUUGAAGAAAACUGACUCCGGUGGCUUGUGUAUUCAGAAACAAAAGUGGGUUUUGGGGAGUUAGUUCAACUGGAAGCAACUCGAAAAUCCUGGCAAGUCUCCUUAUGAGCUUCCUUUAACUGUGAACCAUUAAUUGUAUUUUAGUUUUCAAUUUAUAUCUUGUCAAAUAACCGGAAUUUUUGAAGAGCGAUUUUUGGGAUAUGCCUGAAUUUCUAAAACACGAUAACAUUCCAUCAAAAAGACAUACCUGGGAGCUAAAACCUUAGAUGCUGAGUCUGUCUUGUACAAAUUAAAGAAACAUCAGCAGAAAAUUCAGUUCAGCCUGCUGGUGACACCCAAGAAUGUCAAAAUAGUUGGAUUUCCAAAGGUAAUAAAAUAGACAAAUGAGAGGAAGAUUUCAGUCUCAGGCCAAGCAACUCAUGGCCAAGAACAAUGCUUCAGGUCUGUAACUCAGGCUUGGAAUGCAAACACUCUCAUCAUGGAACCAGAAGUGAAAAGCAGGUGAUGUAAAGGACCAGAGUACUGGACAGACAUGUUCCAGUAAGGAGGAAGGACAAAGAUGGCAGGUAAGGGAACCCUGGAAUGGUGAGAGAUGUUGUAGAUUUAGUCAAAAAGAAAAAGGAAGCGUAUGUAAGGUUUAGGAAGCUGAACAGGGCCUUAGAGUAAUAUAAAGAAAGCCAGAAAGAACUCAAGGAAUUAGGAGGGCAUGAAGUGUCCCGGGCAAGUAGGAUUAAAGAGAAUCCCAAGGCAUUUUGUUAUGUAUAUUAAAAACAAGAAGGUAACUAUGGAGCGGGUUGGACCACUCCAGAAUAAAGGAGCAAACUUAUCCCUGGAGCCAGAGGAAGUGAGUGAAAUGCUAAAAAAGUACUUUGCAUCGGUAUUCACCAAAGAAAAGUACAUGGAAGUUAGUGAGAUCAGUGUUGGGCAUUCUAAUAUGCUAGGGCAUUUUGAGAUCAAGAGGGAGGUGGUGUUGGGGCUCUUGAAGAACAUUAAGAUGGAUAAAUCCCCAGGGCCUGAUGGGAUCACCCCAGGCUAUCGAGAGGCAAGAGAGAAGAUUGUUGGGACUUUGACAAAGAUCAAAGAUUAUUGAACGCCUUCCUGCACUGUAUGAAGGUACUAUAGACUGCUUCUGCCACCUCUCUACACCCCCCUCUGAGGCAAGGGGGUGGGAGGCUUCAGAGUCCAAUGAUCUUAUUCGUCCAGCACAGAUUUCAACCUGGAGACCAGCAAAGUUUUAUCCAAGAAACCAGGAGCCCUUGCAGGCUCUGAGAACCUCCCCGCUACCAAUGUUUCAGCCAUCCUUCCACAGAAUGUUUUGAAAGAGAAGAACUGGGAGGCCCAAAUAGUCAAAGGACAACCUGAGAUGACUUCCAGAUAUAAGUGGGCAGAGAAAAGAUCAGCCAAUCAGCUUGGGUCUGAUGGAUCAAGUGAUUUAUUUCUGUUGUCAACCGAUACUACUGUAAUUGGAUCAAGGCAGUUUGCGUCGGCACAUACCGUGGUCUCUGUGACAUCAUUUCUUGGAAAAAAACUAUUUUGCUUUCUAGGUUAAGUUUCUAUUCACCAUUAGGGAAAUUACUUAAUCUCUACAAGCAGGAAAUCAUAACAGGAACUCCCUUCUCGAUCGGCUCGACUUUGAAAGUGCAGCUGAAGCUGUUGCUGAAAGUGCAGUAGUAACCUCUCUAGCUACAGGUGGAGGACUGGAGAGUGGUUAAUAUUGUUCCUUUGUUUAAGAAUGGAACUAGGGAAAAUCCAGGAAAUUAUUGACUAGUGAGCCUCACAUCAGUGGUAAGGAAGCUAUUGGAGAGGAUUCUUAGAGAUAGGAUUUACUUACAUUUGUUAGAACAUGGGCUAACUAGGGACACUCAGCAUGGCUUUAUGUGGAGCAGGUCAUGUCUUACCAACUUGACUGACAUUUUUUUGAGGAGAUGACAAAGGUGAUUGAGGGUAGGGCAGUGCAUGUUGUCUACAUGGACUUUAGUAAGGCAUUUUACAAGGUCUGCCAUGGUAGGUUGAUCAGGAGGAUUAAGGUGAAAGGUGAAUAGGUAGUUUGGAUUCAGAAUUAGCUUGACCAUAGACGACAGAGGGCACUGGUGGAGGAGUGUUAUUCUGGCUGUAAGUCUGUGAUUAGUGGUGUUCCGCAGGGGUCUGUGCUGGGACCUCUGUUUAUGAUAUAUAUAAAUGACUUGGACGAGAAUGUAGAUGGGUUGGUUAGUAAGUUUGCAGAUGACACAAAAAUUGAUGGAGUUGCAAACACUGAAGGUCGUCAAAGGAUUCAGCAGGAUAUAGAUCAGUUGCAGAGAAAUGGCAGAUGGAAUUUAAUCUGGUCAAGUGUAAGGUGUUGCACUUUGGGAGAUCAAAUGUAAAGAGACAGUACACAGCUAAGGGGCAUGCAAAACACAGGCUGAUCUGAAAAUGCAGUAAGUAUGGAGGAUGGGGAUAGUCCAAUGGAGAUUUUUAUCGCUAUCCAUGUACUGUGGCACUAAUAUACUGGCGAGCCUAUCAAUGGGGCAGCUAGUGCAGCAAGCUGCCAGCUGAAACAGAGACGGACCUUGCGGAGCUGUUAGGACAGCAAGUGUUUGCAGGACACAAAGACCCCUCCCACGGCUGUGCACUGUGCCACACAGCCAUAGUGGGUGAAGGUAUCAUAGUUGUCUGACCCACUUGUCGCUGGCCUUAGAGUCGAUAAUUGAGAGAACCAGAAACAUCCAAUGGAAAUGAUGCAGAGAAGAGAGAGGAGCAGGGAAAGGGAUUUAAUUAAUUGGGAAGUAUGAAUGUUGGGAGUGGUGUUAAAUUCCUGGGUUACAUUAAUUCAGACUAGUGAUAUCUCAGAUAGUAUUCCCCAGUGCUAUCAGACUUCUGAACCAAUCAUCUCCUUCACAUCCCCUUCCUGUCAUGUUCUCAGAUUCUUAAUUCUUCCUCUCUUGUUUAUUCAAUUAUUGUCACUUUAGCAUUUCUUUUUGCACUACUUCAGAUUGCACUAAUGUCUUUGCACCAUUCUGUUUUGUGCUUGUUGCUGUAUUUAUUACUACCAUGUAUACUGUUUGCCCUGAGCUUCAAGUGAGCUAGGAAUUUCAUUGCACCCUGGGCUGUAUGACAAACUAAUCUGAUCUAAUACCGGUCAUCUCGGUCAAUAUACUGUGUUGCUUCAGGAGAUCAAUGCAGAACAUUGAAAUAAAAUGACAAUGGGAAAGGAACAGGAAUGGUGGUGUUAUCCUGUAACUGUACAAGGCCUUCCUUGGAGAGACCGUUUGGAAAUUUGUGUGCAAUUUUGGUCUCCUUAUCUGAGGAAGGAUGUUCUUGCCAUGGAGAGAGUCCAGUAAACCUUUGUUGCACUAACUCCUGAACGGAUGCAUGAGAAGAAAUUAGGUCAGUUAGGCCUCUAUUCACAAGGGUAUAGAAGAAUGUGAAGGGAUUUCAGAGAAACCUAUAAGGUCCUAGCAAGAACAGACAGACUAGUUACAAGGAUGGCUGGGGAGUCCGGAACAAAGAGUCACAGCAUCAGGAUAAGACUCAAAGAUUCAUAGAUUUGUUCAGCCCACUUCAUCCAUUGCCAACCAAGGCACCUUCCUAAACUAGUCCCAUUUGCCUGCAGCGAUGCUUUCCUUUCAUAUCUGCUUCCAACACUUCCCCUGGCAGCACGUUACUGGCAUCUCCGUGUAAAGUUUAAAAAAAAAUUUGCCUUGUAAAUCUCCUUUAAACUUUCUCCCUCUCACCUUAAAGCUAUGACCUCUUACGGACUAGGUGAAUGCUCCUUUAAGAUAGAGCAUAGUGUGUGUGUGUGUGGCGUGCUUACGUCAACAGAAGAUAAAGGACGUAAUGAUGUUGAAGAAGUCAGUCAGAGAAGAGAGAGAAAAGAGAGACACCAGCCUGCUAGUUUCUCUAUCGAUGGAUGAGAAACAAUAACUGUGUCUGUUACUACAAUCCACGUAUGGAAAUUGGGAGUAAUCCGGUGGAGUUCACUUUGUUGCUGACCUGUAGAGGGAAACAGGUAUUUGUGUGGAUGACCAUGAUUCGGAUGCUUUUUGGGGUGAGGAAGUCACUACCGAGUAAACACUGAGGUGUCGUUUGGGUUCCAUCGUGGAACAUUUGGAUUUCGUAAUUACUCUCUCUAUGUUCUCUCUACAUCUACGUCUUAUCUUCAGACAACGGUGGUUGUUGAAGCCUUUGCUCAUGUUUCACCUUAUGGCUUGCUGAACUGAACUUUAAGAACCAUUCCUGGACUUGGAGUUUGGGACUUUGCCACACACACACGAUGAGUUUAGUUUUUGGGGUUAAUGUUCAAGGUUUAACAUCUUUACUUCUAACAUUCUAACAUUUUUACUUUUAUUUUUCUUAUUAUCAUAAGUAGUUAUUAAUAAAGUAGUUUUUA